CAAUCCAUCCAUAUUAAUCUCUCUGGCCUUCCUGGUUCUCUUCUCAGAGCUGACCUCGAUGGAACCCAGGGGAGGUGGCAAUCAGACAGCGGUGACUGAAUUCUUCUUCCUGGGUUUCUCUGGGGUCCGCAAGGGUCAGGCCUUCCUCUUCCUGCUGUUUCUGGUCAUCUACCUCAUCACCCUGGUGGGAAACUCUGUGAUCUUCACCCUGAUCCAGCUGGACUCCCGCCUUCACAGCCCCAUGUACUAUUUCCUCAGCCACUUGUCCUGCUUGGACAUUUGCUACUCCUCCGUCACCGUCCCGAAGAUCCUGGUGAACUUCUUACGCCAGAGACACACUAUAUCUUACAACCAGUGCAUGGCCCAGAUGUUCUUCCUGAUGUCAAUUGCAGGGUCUGAGAGUGCCCUGUUGGCCGUCAUGGCCUAUGACCGCUAUGCUGCCAUUUGCCAACCCUUGCGCUACGCUCACCUGAUGAGCAGGAGGGUGCGUGUCCCCCUGGCCACUACUUCUUGGAUCUGGGGCCACCUGGACUCUGUCAUUCACACUGCACUGGCCACCAACUUGGCCUUCUGUGGGGCCGACCAGAUUGACCACAUCUUCUGUGACGUCCCACCACUUCUGAAAAUCGCCUGCAGUGACACCUAUGUCAACGAGAUGGCUCUUCACAUGGCAAGUGUUUUUGUGGGGCUCAGUCCUUUCCUACUCGUCGUCAUCUCGUACAUCUACAUCCUGUCCUCCAUCUUGCAGAUCCGCUCAAACACUGGCAGGCGCAAGGCCUUCUCCACCUGCGCAGCCCACUUGACUGUGGUCAUCAUCUAUUUUGGGAUGAUAAACCUGAACUACAACCGCCCAAGUGCCGGCUACUCCUUGGAGAUUGACACCUUGAUCUCCAUACUGUAUUGUAUCAUCUCCCCCAUGCUGAACCCCAUCAUCUACAGCUUCCGCAACAAGGAGGUGAAGGAAGCCCUGAGGAAGGUUCUGGGUGGCCAGAAGGCGGGGAAUAAUUUCCCUCAACAACCAGAAGCAAAAUGUUAG